GCGGAUUUCACAAGCAGGUUAUAUUUUACGACGACAGAAUAUAAAAACAACAAAAGUUAAAACAUGUUUUGUUUUAAGUUUCGACAAAUCUCCUGUUGCAGAGAAAACCUUACAACUUAUAUAAAUAACUAUGGGAUACAUCGUUGCAUGGCAACCAAGUCUGAGACAAGAAAAAAGAAAAAAGAAGAAGAAGUUGCUGAAGCCACUGCAAGUCCGCAACAAAAAAGUGCAGUUCUGGACUUUUUCAACAGAUGCGACAUUAUUACACUGAACAGACUUCUCAUGUUUCGGCUAAAGGGCUGUACCAGUUUGAUACAUAACAUCAUCCCUGAGAAUAUCAUCCGAGAUAAGCUUUUCACAAAGGGAUGUAAGCGGUUUGAAAAUAUAGAGGCGUUGUAUCAAACAACCCAUUUUGAUGAUUCCGAUGUAGUGAAGCUUGCAAAAUUCAUAUCUGAGUUCAAAAAGAAAGAACAAAAUUCAGUAUUGAUAAAGUCCAUGGUUCCGGAAUUUGAAGAUGCGGCAGAAAAUCAGAGUAUCAACAAGGUCGUGUGUAUAGACUUAUACAUGAAUGAGAUUGCAUGGACAGAACAGGAUGUGGACCGGCGAGAGAUAACAGACUGUGGGUCUGAGAGGUUAUUUGAGGGUCAAGUCCCCAAGUAUUGCCACAUAAGUAAUGCAACCACUUUACAAAGAGUGAUGCAGUCCAUUCCAAGUGCUCCAGUGUACUUGUUCCAUUCUCAGACUGCCAAUUAUCCUGAGACCAAAUCAUUUGAUGUCGCAAAAUACCAGACCAUUCAAGAAGCCACAUUCAUGUCACACUUGUGCUUAAAAGCCUCUCAGUUCUCUCAGAGACCACUGGAUAAAAGUGUGUACAUGUUCAAGAAAUCCACGUUGCAUGAAUUCUAUACUAUAAAAUUUGGUCAGCAGUUUGUGCCGCUGCAUCCGCUGUUGAAAAGCUGGUACAAGUUGGAAGAAAGUCCACUAGAUGGACUUCAAAUGCUGCCAAGGAUUGAACAAGCAGUGCUCUCAAAGGAAAAUGAAAUGUUUGCAAUCUGUAUUUUGAUGUCAGAUAUUUUCAGUAGGUGUCUAAGAAGAAGAGCAUUUUCAUUUCCCAGAUACUUCUCAGUACAUGAUACUGGUACAGUUGAUGCUGAAUAAUAUCAUGCUGAAGCCCUGAUUUUUGUUGAGUUAUUGGAUACUUGAUUGGUUAAAUACUUUAAUAAUUUAAUUACGGUCUCAACGGUUCCAAUAUUAAGGAUAACUUGUUUCUUUGCUUAGAACAGUUAGUCUCCCUGAUAAUUGUCCCGUCUUUUAGAAGGUCCCUUUAAAAUUAAAAGACUGCUGGCUCUGAUGUCUUGUGAGACAUUUUUGGUCAUGUUCCUUCUUGUAAGCUUCAGAUUUAGGAGUGCCCAGUGAAAUGGAGUUUUGAAAGGAAUUGCAACAGCUUGUAAAAGUAGAUUCAAAUACAACAGAUGCUGCCCAUCAUAAUAGGUAGCACUUUGUAAUUAAUGUUUUAAAGCAGAAAAAGGAGCAUACAUUUAGAAAUGUGUAAUGUUGAAUAUUAAAGAUGCACAUGCGCAGCUCAUUAUCAAGAGAUUCAAUGGAUGCAAUUUAAAAUAUUGUAAAUAGUACAUUAUAGUACAGUGUAUGAGUAUAUUGUCAAACACAAGUUUUUGUCUAUGAACAAACAGACUGAUGGUCAUCCAUUGUGUAUACUGUAACCUCUCUCUACUUUGUUUAUAAUUAGUUAUUAUCAGACCAUGUACAUGUAACUGUUAAUUUGAUGAGCCUGGUGUUACCUUAUUCUAGUGAUAAUGUUAUCAUCUUUAUGCCCUUCUCCAGGAAUUUAUUAAUGCAUAUCUGCACACAAUUGGCGAUAGUUACGAAUUUUUUCUUGAAUUUAGGUGUCCUAUAGUUUAAUUUCUAUGUUACUCUAGAGCUCAGACAAGAACACACAGAUAAGAAAUGGAAAUUUAGUUACAGUGGUGGUCCUGAAUUGAAAAUUCAGACACAGAGAUACCUUUUUUAUUGAAAUUUCGGUUUUGGGGUACCUCUAAUUUGGAAAUUAAGACACAGGGUUGCCACUCAGCCUUCGGGAAAAGCCUGAUCUUCAGCAAAAACAACCCCCCCCCCCAAGCAGACAGUUAUUACAGUCAAUGACGUCCUAAAACGACCGUAUUUUAGGGGAAAACCAGGUUCCCAGAUUUGUUGACCUAAAGUUAACACACAACAAAACAAUGUCAUAGUCAGCUUCAAUUUUCAGGUUUUUAUCUGCAACAUAUUUUGUAUUUAUAGUCUUCAAAAUAUAAUAUUUGAGUAUAUAUUUGUGCAUUUAUAUGUACUGGUAGGUACUUAUUUUUCGAAUGCAACAGAAAAUCAGGCUUUAGUAUUGAUCACCUGGCAUUGUAUAGUUUUGAUUAAAACUUAUAAUUCAGCCCAAGCUUUAAAAUAUAUUGGUAGCUGUCAAGUUACAGAAAAAGAAUGACUACUUUGUUAUGCACCUCUUCGAAGAAGAGGGGGUAUAUUGUUUUGCACAUGUCGGUCGGUCAGUCCGUCCACCAGAUGGUUUCCGGAUGAUAACUCAAGAACACUAAGGCCUAGGAUCAUGAAACUUCAUAGGUACAUUGAUCAUGACUGGCAGAUGGCCCCUAUUGAUUUUCAGGUCACUAGGUCAAAGGUCAAGGUCACAGUGACUCGAAACAGUAAAAUGGUUUCCGGAUUAUAACUCAAGAAUGCUUACGCCUAGGAUCAUCAAACUUCAUAGGUACAUUGAUCAUGACUGGCAGAUGACCCCUAUUGUUUUUCAGGUCACUAGGUCAAACGUCACAGUGACUCGAAACAGUAAAAUGGUUUCCUGAUGAUAACUCAAGAAUAAUUAGGCCAAGGAUCAUAAAACUUCAUAGGUACAUUGAUCAUGACUGGCAGAUGACCCCUAUUGAUUUUCAGGUCACUAGGUCAAAGGUCAAGGUGACAAAAAACGUAUUCACACACUGGCUGCCACUACAACUGACGGCCCAUAUGGGGGGCAUGCAUGUUUUACAAACAGCCCUUGUUUAAGUGAUAAUUACCAAAAAUGCCUUUUAGGUAAAAAGCAUGCUUAAUGUGGGAAUUUAUGAUCUCAAUAAUAAAAGUACAUGUACACUUUAUGUACACAGAAAUAUAAAUGACAUUUAUAAUAUAUAAACAUUUUAUCUACCAAAGUUUCAAUGUUUUAAAAUGAACACCAGGAUAAAUAUAUUGGUAGUGCUAGGCUGUUACUGACAAUUUUUCUCAUAUUUGUUGAAGACACAAGUUUUAGUGGUGUGAAUUUUUAUAUGACUGUCUUUUAA